CUGAAAAUAACUUGAAUCCUCUUUUGUCAAAUACAGUCCCAGUUAAUACAACAUAAUCCUAGUAAUUAAAAAAAGAAAUCUGCUCUGUUCGUAUAUAAUUCUAUUCAUUAAACAAUUCAUAUUCAAAUAAGCAUAUACGCACUCAUUUCAACCAAUCAUAUUAAAGUAUGACCAUUUCACAUGUAAUCCAAUGAAAGGAAAUAAAAGCAAUAGAGUAACCUUGGUGACGAGACCUAUGAACCAACCAGUUUUGGAAAUAAUAACUGACAUUAAAUUACUAUUAUUAUUAUUACUACUAUUAUUAUCAAUACUGUUACUACUAUUGCUUGGACAGUAUUAAUUUGUGCAUACGUAAUUUGUGGGUGGUGAACAGAAUACAGGACAAGAAAAAAAAAACUAAAUUUGAAAUUCUAUAAAAACUCUAGUGACAACACGAACAACUACGAUAUUCAUCAAGUUGAAAGAUCAACGUCAUAGUUACAAGUAUCUGAAAAAAAAAGUAAUUAAUUCAUUUUUAUACAAAGAGAAAAAUGUUGUGCAAUCUACCAUGUCGAAUUGUUUUGAUUGCUAUGAACACUGUCAGCUUGAUUGUAGGGCUGGCAUUGCUCAUACUUGGAGCCUUGAUGGUUUGGGGUCAAAGUGUUAUACAGUCUCUAUUGAAUAAUUUCGUAACCAAUCUAAUUAAUCAAUAUAUUAAAGGAAGUGAUGGUGGACAAAUUAAUGAACUGGUUACAAGAAUACUGACGUCUACUUCUCCAGUUGGUUUAGCAGUCUUUAUCCUAGGUGCUGUUUGUACAGGUAUCUCAAUAUUUGGUUACUGUGGAGCCUGUUGCAAUAUGAAGAUACUACUUUAUAUAUACGCAAUUCUAGUAGGAGCUUUGGCACUUGCUUUUCUGGUUACAUUCAGUGUGUACUUCUCUCGUAAAGAUGAGAUUGGCAACAAAGCAGUUGAAAUGUUCGAGACGAGUGUAAAGAAUUAUCAGUCAAUGGAAGCAAAUACACUGGACAGUCUAGUGGUUGGUUUAAUCUCGCCUCCACUUCAAUGCUGUGGUGUGGAUGGUGGAAGUGACUUUAAAAAUUCAACUAAUUUCUGGAAAAAUGACACUUACGGGGGUAAAUCAUAUACUAAUAUUGAAUAUCCUGUGCCGUGUUGCAAAAUGAAUCAAAAUUAUGCAAUCAGUGAUUCUACAUGUCCAGAUAAAUUCGAUGAUAAUAACAGUAAUUACAAAAAUGGUUGUAGAGGUCCAUUGAAAGAAUUUUUCCUUAAAUAUAUGGAUUAUGUAGCUUAUGGAUUAAUUGGGGCAUUUGUUUUAUUGGUAAGUAAAGAUGAAUCACAAUAAUGCUUUUGAAAUUAAUUUCAAGUUUGUAAUUGUCUGUCACUUUUAAACAAUUAUUGGGUGUUAGUUCAAUACAAACAAUAGAAACAUGGAUUAUGAAUUUGUUUCUUUUAGACAUUUACUUACCCAGUGAAUCUGAAUUAUGGUGAAGCCGAGGACGUGAUUGAUUUCGGCAGUUUUAAACUACAGUUCUGAAUUAUUUGACUGUUCAUAUUGAUAAUAUCUGAUUUCAGUUCAAUUCAUUUACUUAACUGAUAAUUAAGAUCAAAAUGUAAGGAUAAAAGGAAUUAAGGCGAGACUAAUUUAUGGACGAGCCAAUCAGAGGCGUUUUAGAGAUUUCAAGGUUACGGCGCCAACGUACGAUCGGUUCACAGGGAAUUUUGUACAAAACGUGAUAUUUGAGUAGCUAUAACAAAUAAAACGGCGAGACUAUAAUUCGUGGACGAAUCAACCAGGGAUAAGAUGAUAGAUCUCGAAUUUCAACGCGAAAGCCUUUCACCAAUUUGGCUAAAUAAAUUUCUGGCAUUAUAGCUGAUGUCAGUUCGUGAUGAGAACUCCAUAUAUAAUCCUUAACUAAGGUAAAUUACGACAAUUAUCGCGAACUGCAUAAUAAAAGCACCAGUAACACUGGCUGCAGCCAGGUACUACAAUAUAUACGGAUGGUUGGAGAAGGUGCAGACUACUACAUAGGCUUGGUUAUGUGCAUCGUGUGGUUAUCCACAAUUAGCAUUUUGUGCACUCAACAACCGGAGUGCAUAUAAACAAUAUUGAAUCUAUGUGGUCGAGGCUGAAAGAGUUUUUGAGACUUUAUCGUGGCUCCAGAGGCCGACUAUUCUGUAACCGUAUGGAUGAUUUCCUCUACUUCAUGCAUUACGAUUUUAGAACCUUUGAACCUCUUUCUAACCUUGACAAGUUUUGGAACCACGUAUGAGAAGUGUAUCCACCUUGUUUCCUUGGUUUUGCAUAACAUCUUUUUACUCUAUACUGACUGUUUGCCGAUUGGCUAAUGUUUCCCAGGGUCACUCAAGAUCCGUUCAAAGGUCGUCCAUAAAUUAGAGUCUCGCCGAAAUUCAUAUUCAUUGGAAAAUAGUUUGUUAGAUAGAAACUGAGUAUAAUUUCUAAACGUUUCAAAUUUACUUCUUGGAAGAGAAAAGCACAUUUAAUUUUUAAUAGCUCCUGAAAAACUGAAACAAUCAUUGUUUUUAAUCUUCGAUUGAUGUUAAGGACAUUAGCAUAUAUGUAUUCUGUAUGGAUUGCUUUGAUAUUGCCUUAAGUUACAAGCAUUAUAAGCAAAGAUGGAUGAUGGCUAGACGUGGAAUCCAAAACGCGCAUGUAUAACGCGAUGGUGUUUGAAGCGAACGGUACAGGGUUGGAGUUUCAGAGUGAAUAUCAACUCUAGGCUGCUGGUUCAUUCAACUGACGAGUCUCAAAUAGGAUAAAACGCGCAUCCUGUAUUCCAAUGCUAGCCACCAUCCAUCUUUGUUUAUGAAACAAUUAUAUCACCCAUAUUAAUCUUUUUUUGAGAAUUUAAGCGGUAUUUAUAUGUAUUCUAAGUAUGGUACAAAUGGUAAUCAGUAAGUUUUAGGACAUCUGCACUUGUGUAAGUUGUCAGUAUUGCAAGGUUUAUGAAUAUUUGGACAAAAUGAGACUAAUGAAACCCAAACCAUAAACAAUGUUGCUUUACCUGAAUUACAACAUUUAUGUUCUAAAUAAGUUUCACUAUUACACCAGUCAUUGAGUUUUAUACAGAAUUCUGAUACAAACAUUUUUUAACUCGUCAGAUAUGGAUAGGAUACUGGUUGAGUUACAUUAACAUCCGUCUAUAGUUGUUCAACGAUUGAACCUUGUAUUUAUCGAUAUUGGCUUUCACAUUGAAGAACCACUACAUAGAUUUUGCAUUAACCAUUCUUUCUCUACACGUUACAUAGUAAAUUUAUUUCAAAGUUAGGUACAGAAGUUUGUAUUGAUUAACUGGAAUGUACAAAUAUUCAUGCUAAUGAAUGAAUGAAUAUGAUUCGAAAAUGUAUUCAUUAAUUAUUUUAAAAAUAACUGUUAUCAGCAAAGAGGGAUAAUGGCUAACAGUGGAAUCCAGGAUGCGCUUUUCGUCCUACUCGGGACUCAUCAGCCGGAUGUACUUGCAUCGCAGAGUUAUUGUUAACUCCGGGACUCGAACCCGGUACUGCUCGCCUCAAACGCCAUGAUGUUAUGCACUUAGCGCAUCCCGGACUUCACUGCUUGCCAUUAUUCAUCUUUGCACAUAUUCCAAUAAGAGACUGAUCAAUUACAGUUCUAAACAUUAAUAAGAAGAUUCAAGUAAAACAAUACGAAGUGAAUUUAGAUAACUGUCAUCGUUUUCUAUCUAUUUUGCACAUUAACAAUCUUUGGAAAUUUCCUUGAUAAACUUUAUAAUUUAUGAAAUGUUUUAAAGUAUAAAUGGAAAUCAACAUUAUUGAGAAUCUUAGAAGUUAUAGAUCAGCACUUUCAUUCAUUAACUAAUUAUAAGUUAUAAGCAAAGAUGGAUAGUGGCUAGCAGUGGAAUCCAGGACGCGCGUUUCGUCCUGUUUGGGACUCGUCAGCUGGAUGUACCUGCAUCUCAGAGAGAGACUGAUCAAUUUCAGUCCAAAAACAUCAAUGGGAAGAUUCAAGUAAAACAAUAUCAAGUGAAUUUAAUUAUAAGUUAAGUAUAAGUAUAAUUAACAAUCUUAAAGAUGACUACUUACUUAGAUUGUUUGUAUAAAUUCAAGAUGUAUUUUCAUCUUGAACUAAUAAUAACAUGAAAUCAUUGCUUCUAUGAAGUUCUAAGCUACAAAGAAACAAUUGUCUUACAAUGUCUAUAGUUGCAGUAUGGGAUCUCCCCAUACUAAUCCAUGAUAAGAUUUAUGUUCAAAGUAAAUCAUUGAUCAUCUAUAUUCCAGUAUCGAACAUUUGUUUGUUUUUUUUUCUUUUUUCCAGUUGCUCGUUGUUCUAUUCACAGUUUUAACCAUUUGUAUUGAUGUUAUCUGAACAAACAAACAAACAAACAAACAAAACCGACAAAAAACACAAAACUAAAUGAAAUGGAAUUCAAUAUUCAAUUGAUUGUUUGUCUAUACUCGGUUAAGAGUUAAAUACUAAAAUAAAGUGAUCUCUUUUGUUGGACUUUGCCUUUAUAAAACAAAAUAAAGUUAAUGCCUUUGCAUAGUUGAUGUAUACAUCUAUGCUUUUAUGUAUGUAUGUAUGUAUGUAUGUAUGUAUGU